AUGCCAAGACUGCUAUUUCCAACAUUCAAAUCCCUCGUUACAAAACCCCUCCGCAAAACACCCACAACCAUCCAUCGGUCGUAUUACAGCACCAUGAUGCGAGCAGCGAGAUACUAUGGUAAAGAAGACAUUCGUGUCGAGCAAGUUCCUCAGCCUUCUGUCAAAGCAGGACAAGUCAAGGUUGCCCCAGCGUUUGUCGGCAUUUGCGGAACAGAUUUGCACGAGUAUUUAGGAGGCCCCAAUUUCUGUCCAACAACACCUCAUCCCAUCACCAAGGAAUCCAUUCCUGUCACUCUCGGACACGAAUUCUCUGGCAUCAUCACCGAGGUCGGUCCUGAUGUCGAAGGCUUCGAAGUUGGUCAGCCUUGUGCUAUUCAGCCAACCCUAUUCUGUGGUCACUGCGCAGCUUGUCACAACCACGCCGAGAAUGUCUGUCACAGUGGUGGCUUCAUAGGCUUGAGUGGGAGUGGCGGAGGAUUAAGCGAAUCUGUUUGCGUCAAUGCCACACAUGUUCAUCCUCUUCCUCGAGAUCUGCCUCUAGAGAUUGGAGCGCUUGUUGAGCCUCUCUCUGUUUCGUGGCAUGCGAUGACUGCGGCACCAGAGAUCAACCCCAGUUCCAAAGUUGUGAUCCUCGGAGGUGGCCCAAUUGGCUUGGCCAUGAUUCUAUGUCUCAAAGCCAAGGGUGUCAGCGAAAUCAUUCUUUCAGAGGUCGCUACCUCACGACAGAACUUUGCUAGAGAGCUUGGUGCCACGCGCGUUGUGAAUCCGAUCGAGGAGAACCUCAAUGAAAUCGUGCUCGGUUUGACUGAUGGCAAGGGUGCUGAUGUUGUGUUUGACUGCGCCGGUGUACCGAUGAGUAUUAAGAGCGCAUGUGAAGUCGUCAGGCCUAAGGGUACAGUGGUUAAUCUAGCCAUCUGGGAGAAGGAGAUUCCUUUCAACCCAAACUGGAUUACGAUGAAGGAAAGCUCAUACAAGUCUGUUCUGGGAUACGCCCAUGCAGACUUCCAGGCCGUCAUCGCAAACCUUGCUUCAGGUGCUAUAAAGCCUAGCCAGAUGAUCACAAGAAAGAUAAAGCUCGAGAAUAUCGUGGAAGAUGGAAUAAAGGCGCUGAUUCAUGAUAAAAAUAACCAAGUAAAGGUGUUGGUGGAUAUGAGCGAUAAAUGA